UAUUCAUGGCCUGGCUGGCGGGCGGCGGCCGGGGAGCUGGAACAGCGCGCCGGGCAGUGGAUAAGACGUGACGCCUGCGGCUCAGGGCGCCUCCCCCCUCGGCUUCCCGAACCCUGCCAGGUCCGACCCGAGGGGGAGGAUGGAUACUCCAGCUGCGUUCUGAGCCUGCGCAGAAGAUAACACCCCUGCGGCCACAGCACCCCACCGUCCUGCCCAGGCCACCCCCUCGUCCCUUCUACUAACUCGGUCCCCCGGAGUCGGACGCGUGGAACAGCGCGCGAUGGCAGACCACUUGAAGAAGCUGGCCAAAAGCGAAUCUUUUCAGAACCUCCAGGAUAAAGUCACCUACUGGGUGAAGGACUACAACACCAACUCCUGUGAUGAAAAUCUAAAUUAUUGCAUCGGGCUCAUCGAAGAAGUCGCCAAAGUACAAGCACAGCUCUUUGGGAUCCUCACAGUGACAGCCCAAGAAGGAGGACAUAAUGAGGGUGUGGAAACAAUCAAGGGUCGCCUUCUGCCUUUGCUGGAGACUUCUUUCAGUUCUGUAAAUGUGACAAAACUUACGGAGAACAAGGACCCCUCUCUGCAGGUCACGUAUUUUAGAGAUAGAAACAAAGACCGUAAUGUGCGGGAACAGGACCAACAGCCAUUAGAUAGUGACUUCAGCCCAGACCGCCAACAAAACCAGGUUCAAGACGAUCUGGCUGACACUGGAAAGAGUCUUGAUGGAACCAAGAGCAGAUCAACCAUAUCCCUCAUGGCUGCAGAGGAGGAGAUAAAUCAGCUAAAAAAGCAACUUAAAUCUCUUCAAGCCCAGGAAGAAACCCGCCACAGAAACUCAGACAGCCGGCGCUCUGAGGCUUCCAAAUCCGACCGUCGAGUUUCAAGCAAACGGAUCUCAGAUGCGCGGACCUCAGAGCCACGGAGCCAAGAGGUGAUGUCAGACUAUGGGAAACAGCUCCAAAAUCUGAAGGAUGAGAUAGCUGUCUUGUCUGCUGAAAAAGCCGGUCUCCAGGGAAGGUCAACCAGGAGCCGGUCUCCUAGCCCUAGCCGAAGCCGCAGCCGCAGCCGCAGCCGCAGCAGGUCCAACAGCCCCUGCACCACAGUGGCCAAGAUCAGAAGCCCGUCCCCAAACCGGUCCAAAAUAUCCAGCGUGGCUCGCAAAGCUGCUCUCCUGUCCCGCUUCAGCGACGCCUAUUCCCAGGCCCGCCUGGAUGCGCAGUGUUUGCUGCGACGCUGCUUGGACAGAGCGGAGACGGUGCAGCGGAUCAUUUACAUCGCCACAGUGGAGGCAUUUCACGUAGCUAAAAUGGCGUUCAGGCACUUCAAGAUCCGGGUAAGGAAGAUGCUGACCCCGUCGCACGUGGGCUCAAAUGACUUUGAGAGCGCGGUUAUGGACUACAUCAUCUGCCAUCUUGAUCUCUAUGACUCGCAAAGCAGUGUUAAUGAUGUGAUCCGCGCCAUGAACGUCAACCCCAAGAUCUCCUUCCCUCCUGAAGUUGACUUCUGCCUCCUCCACGACUUCAUCCAGGAGAUAUGCUGCAUUGCCUUUGCAAUGCAGUCCUUGGAUCCACCACUGGAUAUCGCGUUUGGGGCCGAUGGAGAAGUCUUUAAUGAUUGCAAGUACCGCCGCAGCUAUGACUCGGAUUUCACUGCUCCCUUGGUCUUUUAUCACGUGUGGCCUGCUCUCAUGGAGAAUGACUGUGUCAUUAUGAAGGGAGAAGCUGUCACCAAGAGAGGGGCUUUUUGGAGUUCUGUGCGACCUAUAACACGCUGCCGCAGCAGGAGUUUAAGUCCCAUCUGUCCUCGUAACCGCAUUGGAUUAAGCACGAUGUCUCGGAGUCGGAGUCCUUCUCCAAUAAGAUGUACAUUGCCAAGAUACUAAAACCACCAGCCACGUUCGUUUGCCACAGUCCAUUGGAACCGCCAGCUUCUUCAGUGCCUCCGCCCACCUGACUUGUCUGCCUCCGACCUCACUUAACAUGAAAUGAAAAGGCAAUUCUGUGUA